CCCAAAUGGGGUUGGUGUCUAAAAUAGGAAAGAGAGUUAUCUAACAGCCAAGCUAAUUACUCAAUGUUGCUCCAUGUCCACACACGUGCAGCAAUGUCCUUAACCAAAGGAGGAAAAUUUCCUUCCAUGUCCAAGAUUUUUGGCUGAGAAGGAGAAGAGCCACUCCCUUCUCUUAUGGAAUGUGGUCACCUCAGGGUCUACCCCUCCUCUUGACCUUGAGGUAUCAAUGGAAACUCAACCCCCUUACCAACCAAAGUAUGUGAUGCUGAACAGUAAUCAUUCAACGAAUCUAAGACCUCCUCCCAAGAGGAGAAACAUUCCUAGGUACCAUUCAAGCCAUCCUGGUAAAUCCAGUGGAAGCUGUUGCCUAAAAUGUCUGUGUUGUUGCUUUUUAUUCUGGUUUGCGUUGAUCAUCCUUCUUGGUGGCGCUGCUUUUUAUCUUUACUCUAUGUUGCAGCCUGAAAUUCCUCGCUAUAACGUUGAUCGUUUCGAUGUCAAUGCCUUCAAUGUUCAGCAAGAUUUUAGUCUCCAUACUGAAUUUGUUGUUACUGUCAAAUCUGACAAUCCCAACCAGCACAUUGGUUUCCAAUAUGGCAAGGACAGCUCUGUUGUUGUAACAUAUAAAGACUCUGUUCUUUGUGCUGGAAAACUUCCCACCUUUCUUCAACCCCAUUCAAACACAACUAUGAUCCAAAUUCUUUUGAAAGGAGACAGUGAAUUUGGAUCAGGCCUUCAAGAAGCUCUCAUGCAAAAUCGAAAAUCAGGACAAAUCCCUCUACUUGUAGAGGUAAAGGCACCUAUCUCUGUGGUAAUUCGUGAUUUCCCAAUGAGACAAGUCACGGUUCUUCUCAACAGUUCUUUGUUGGUUGAUAACUUGUCACCUAAAAGAAAGAAAGCCAGAAUUUUAUCAAGCACUUAUCACUAUGCAGUGGAACUUUAAAUCCAAUUACUUGCUCUCCUCUUCUCCUUCUCCUUGUUAAUAUUAUUAGCUUAUUCUUGGAGAAGCACAAUAAGCUAAUAUCAUUUGGAGCCAAUUGCUUCUCUCAGAUAUCAAAUCAAAAUCAUCUGAGGAAUUUUCGAUUGCUUAUCAGGAAAGACCAUGUUACAGACUAAUA